CCCCGUGACGGUCCCAGGGGUGACACUACCUGCCCAACCUGCGCUGCGACACCCGGUCCCACCCCUUGAGUCAACCGGCCGCGCUGCCGCCAGCUCGGCCUGUGUCGCCGCUGUCCCGGACCCCCGGCGCUCCCCGCACCCUUCUCUGCCGCUGGCUCCCCGGCAGAGGGGAGCUUCGGCGGCUCCGUCUCGUCGCUCGGCGCUCCGGGAGCCCGGCCCGCCCCGCCGCCUGUCGAGGCUCGGCAGCGGCGAGCAGGAAACGCAGGGCGGCCGUGCCAGGGCGGGCGGCAGCCGCGGCGACAUGGGCAGCGCCGAGGAGGACUAUAACUUUGUCUUCAAGGUCGUCCUGAUCGGGGAGUCUGGGGUGGGAAAAACAAACCUGCUGUCUCGUUUUACCCGCAAUGAGUUCAACCACGACAGCCGCACCACCAUCGGCGUGGAGUUCUCCACGCGCACGCUGCUGCUGGGGGACGCCGUGGUGAAGGCUCAGAUCUGGGACACGGCCGGCCUGGAGCGCUACCGCGCCAUCACCUCCGCGUACUACCGGGGGGCUGUGGGCGCCCUGGUCGUGUUUGAUAUCACCAAGCACCAGACGUACGAUGUGGUGGAUCGCUGGCUGAAGGAGCUCUACGACCACGCCGAGGCCAGCAUCGUUGUCAUGCUGGUGGGGAACAAGACCGACCUGGCACAGGCUCGAGAGGUGCCCAUGGAAGAGGCAAAAAUGUUUGCAGACAACAACGGGCUGCUGUUUGUCGAGACCUCGGCGCUGGACUCCACCAACGUUGAGGAGGCGUUUGAGACCAUCCUGAAGGAAAUCUUCCACAAAGUGCAGAAGCAGAAGCAGAGGAGCAGCCAAAGCAACACGGUGUCACUUGGCAGCGAGAGCCCUGCAAGCACAGCCCCAGCACAGGCAGAGAGGCGCCCGUGCUGCGUGGCCCUCUGAGCACCCCAGGAAACCCCCAGGGAGCCCCACAGCCCUGGGACACACCAGUGGCCACAGGCUGGUGUCACCCUGCCUGCACUGCCACCCCUGUCCUGGUGCAGCGGGGACCAGCAGCCUGGACAGGGGCCAAAUUCUGCCAUAAACAGUGAAAAGCACCAUUUCCAGGAGCUCUUCUCUGUUUUGUUUUUGCUGGGCCCUGAUUAGCAUCACCACUGUCACAUACUGUAUCAGCCCUCCUGGACCUGCAGGGCAAAAGGACCAGGACACCCCCCAGGCACCUCUGGGGAAGAAGCCAGGAGGUUCUGGGCAGGAUCAUGCCAGCAACAGGAGCCUCUCUGAUUUCUGCUGGCCCUGGGGAUGCUCCUGUGGGGCCACCCUGUGCCAUGCACUGAGGACAGGGCUGACCAGCCAGGGAGUUGAGCCAAGCCCCAGGGUGGGAAGUGGCAGCCCUCGGUCCUUGUCUGUCUCAUCCCUAGACAUCUGUCCAUCCCAGGCAGCAGGACCAAGCAGAGGUGUCUGCAUGGUGGGACAGGGCCAGUGCCAUGGGGCUGGGAGCAGCUCUGUGUCCAGCACGGGCGUGACACAAUCAUUAAAGGACUUGUGAAAUGCA